AUGAAAAGAGAUGAAAUGGGACAUCGAUGUUGUGGGAAACACAAGGUGAAGAGAGGGCUUUGGUCUCCUGAGGAAGACGAGAAGCUUCUUCGAUAUAUCACCACUCACGGGUUGCAAAGAUGUGGGAAGAGCUGUAGAUUGAGGUGGAUAAACUAUCUUAGACCCGACUUGAAGAGAGGUACAUUUAACGCGGAGGAAGAGCAAAUUAUAAUCGAUGUCCAUCGUAUUCUUGGUAACAAAUGGGCUCAGAUUGCUAAGCACUUACCCGGACGCACUGAUAAUGAAGUCAAGAACUUUUGGAACUCAUGCAUUAAGAAGAAGCUUCUUUCUCAAGGCUUAGAUCCUUCUACACAUAACCUCAUGGCUUCACACAAAAGAUCUUCGUCUUCUAAUAAUAAUAAUAUUCCUAAGCCAAGCAAGACUACGUCCAUGAAUAAGAACCCUACUCAUGAUCAAUCAACCACUGCUUUCUCAAUCACAAACAUCAAUCCUCCUACUUCCACUAAACCAAACAGACUCAAAUCUCCUAACCAGAAUCCAAUCCCCUCUCAAACCAUGAUCCCUAUCAAUGACACCAUGUCAAGUCUCUUGGAUGAUGAGAAUAUUAUGAUUCCAAAUUGGUCAAAUGUUGAUGGAAUGGCGAUCCCCGAAGCUCCAAUGUUGUCGAGUGACAAGGCAGCUAUGGUAGUUGAUCAUAAUGAUGAUGACUGUUUCAACAUGGACAUUUUGUUUAAUACUCCUUCUUCCACUUUUGAUCCUGAUUUUGCUUCUCUUUUCUCCUCAGCAAUGUCUAUUGAUUUCAAUCCCAUGGAUGAUCUUGAUUGGACCUUCUAG